GGAGACAGAAGUGCUUUAGCACAUCAACCUGCCAACACCACCCCUACACUCGUCUGAAUACUCGGAUAGUGCGACGAGUAGGAGACAAGUGUGAGAGCAACAAAGACGACCAUCUAUCAGUGCAUGGGCGGAGUUGCUGUAGAAUCUCGGACGGUUGUGUUCAGUAUCAGAGUAUCGCAGGGUAAUCAUUAGCAGCCAUGUCUCCAAAAGGCAGGUGAGUGAACGAGGCUGCACGGAGUUUGCCACCUUUACACUUCGAUAACCUGGAAUCUGCCUGACAUCUCGGGGAGAGACCACCGAAGUUUUCGCGGAAGUAUUUUGCAGAUAGCCGUUCUCCAGCGUAAACUUGAAGACAGACAGAGGCUCGGAUCUGAAUCAGAGAUGUCACGAAAGAAGGCACACAAGAACAAAAGUGGCACCGCGAGCCCCAGCACCGGAACUCCCAACGGCAAAGAAGGUGGCCGAAGCGGGAAAGCCCUCGUGCCCGUGGUCCAGGCGACAGGAGUGGUCCACCCCAGUCGCCCCGCGUUCAGCAACAGCAGCGAGUUUUAUGACAUUGCAUUCAAGGUGAUGCUGGUGGGAGACUCUGGCGUGGGGAAGACCUGUCUGCUGGUGCGCUUCAAAGACGGAGCCUUCCUGGCCGGCAGCUUCAUCUCCACCGUGGGCAUCGACUUCAGGAAUAAGGUGCUUGACAUGGACGGGGUCAAAGUCAAGCUGCAGAUCUGGGACACAGCUGGCCAGGAGCGCUUUAGGAGUGUGACUCACGCCUACUACCGGGACGCCCACGCACUUCUGCUUCUGUAUGAUGUCACCAACAAGGCCUCCUUCAGCAACAUCCAGGCCUGGCUGGCGGAGAUCCAUGAGUACGCCCAGAAGGACGUGGUGGUGAUGCUGAUCGGGAACAAGGCCGACUCCUCUCAGGAACGGGUGAUCAAACGCGAGGAGGGAGAGAAACUAGCCAAGGAGUUCGGCGUUCCCUUCAUGGAGUCCAGCGCACGCUCCGGGCUGAACGUGGAGCUGGCGUUCACCGCCAUCGCCAAGGAGCUGAAGCACCGGAGCAUGAAGGACCCGGAUGAGCCCAAGUUCCAGCUGCAGGAGUACGUCAACAAGGAGAUGAGGACUGGGGGCUGCUGCAGGUCUUGAACGGUGUGUGUGUGUGUUUGUGUAUGAGACAGUGAAAGAGAGAGAGAGUUUGUGUGUGGUGUGUGUGUGUGUGUAUAUGAGGCAGUGAAAGAGAGACUGUGUGUGUGUCUAAGAGAGAGGAAGACAUAGUGUGUGUGUGUGUGUGUGUAUGAGACAGUGAAAGAGAGAGUGUGUGUGUGUGUGUAUCAGACAAUGAAUAAGAGAGUGUGUGUGUGUGUGUGUGUAAGUACUUCAUCUUUCUACAUUGACCAGCGACUCACCUUCCUUCAUCUGCAGCUGUGUGUGUGUUUGUGUGUGUGUGUGUGUGUGUGUGUGUGUGUGUGUGUGUGUGUGUGUGUGUGUGUGUGUGUGUGUGUCUGACCCACCUCCUUCUGCAACUGCGAAUGUAACCCAAGCCCUCAAACAGUCAAUGCUAUGUGACCACACCCGAGAUACAAACAUUUACCCUCCGUCUUCUACCACACACACAUACACACACACACACACACACACACACACAUCAAGCUGGGCAAUGCCCUUUAGUCUGACAGAUCCUCUUGUAUGGUAUUUAAAUGAGACGUGCACACACACACACACACACACACACACACACACACACACACACACGCACGCUGACUUAAUGAGUGUGUAAUGUCUCCAGCAUCUGUCUGAAUGCAUGUAAAUACUUUAUUUAUCUUAUUUAUUUCUGUUAAAGGUGCAUUACAAAUCAGCCGUCAGAGCUCUCCUACUAUAAGCGAUGUUAGCUGAGAUAGUACACACUACAUCUAUAGUACACACUAUAGUAUACACACUAUUAAUAGUACACACUACAUCUAUAGUACACACUAUAGUAUACAGUACACACUAUAGUACACACUACGUCUAUAGUACACACUAUAGUACUAUACACACUAUAGUAUACACUACAUCUAUAGUACUCACUAUAGUAUACACACUAUAGUACACACUACAUCUCCGCCCCUCUCCAUGGCUCUGAAAAAGCUGCUUUGGACCCACAAACAGCACAGUCCUCUGAACCACCCUUAUAGCAGAAACAGCCAUCCCAUCUUUCUUACACACACACACACACACACACACACACACACACACACACACACACACACACACACACACACACACACACACACACACACACACACACACACACACACACACACACACACAUUUCAUUUUAAACAAUCAGAAAACUCAAGCAAUUGAAAUACUUACCUAAUGCCAAGUAAAUAGACACACUGUUUAAGUUACCCACUGCACCUUUAACUUCCUUGUGCUACGGCAUGUGUUUGGCGGCUCUGUAGCUGCCUUAGCUUGGCUUCACCUGCCGUGUGUGCACCAGGACUGAGGACGACAUGGUCAAGUACCCCCCACCCCCCCAUACACACACACACAUACACACACACACACACACAGCUCUGGAAGACUCUCUCUGGGUGUCAGACUCUAUACCGCCCUGCAAUACACAGAGCCUCUUUCAUCACAACCCCCAGAGUACAACUUACCAAGAGCAUAGGUCAUCUAUUUAAAUAUGCAGCAGACCUAGUGAAGUUUCAAAUCAUGUAAAUGACCAGACGGAAAGUUCUUCUGAAGAGGGAGAUAUGUACAGUAAAGUGGUUCCUAUUUUGUGAUGUCUUCUUGUUAGUAGACUGGUUCUUUAGGAUUACUGUUAAAGAUGAAGGGGCAUUACGUGUGUGUGUGUGUGUGUGUGUGUGUAGAUGUCUAGAACUCUGGCUGUAGAACAGUAGAACUGCUGUAUUAAACCACAUAAAGCUGUAUCCGGGAGAUAAGUUGUGCUUUCUUAAUAAAAUGAAAUGGCGUAAAUAAAUUCUUCAUUUUCUAUAAUGACGUGUAAUGUGAUGUACAGAUUAAUUCUGACGAAUUUCUUUCUGAAUACUGAAUAGCCUAAUAAUCUCUUGGCGAUAGCUCUAAAAUCUAGUUUUGUUGAUAGUCGUUUCUUGAGCAUUACUGUUUCAUUCGUCUCAGAAACACGGCACACGUCCAUUUUAGUCCACCAAUUCUUAUCUAAUGUAAUGCAAUAUUAAACUCUUCUUAUGUUUGCCUUCUGUGGAGAAAAAGUAAUGGGUUUGUUUUCAUGUGCUUGCCUUAUGUAGAAAUUAGAGAUGAACUGUUACAAAUGAACUGUUAUCGGGAUUGUUAGACUGACACUGUCGGUCCUCUCUUAUUAUUCUGCUGUUCAGUUAACGUGAUGUUUUUGCCAGUCAUAUGAAUCUAGAGCUCGUAAAACAUUGCCUGUGUACGCCAUUUUUCACACUACUUCAAUGUACAGUGAUUUUCAUCUUCAAUAAAGUUUUAAUGCCACUCUGACAA